AUGGCUGGAAUAGCCAAGGUCUUUGUCGGAGAGGUGGUGGAAGAGGCCCUGGACGUGUGUGAGAUGUGGGGAGAGACGACCCGGCUGCAGCCCAAGCAUUUAAGGGAGGCCGAGAGGAAGCCCACCGUGGACGAAGAGGAGGCUCAGAGGAUGACAACCCUGCUGUCUGCCAUGUCUGAGGAGCAGCUGUCCCGCUACGAAGUGUGUCGCCGGUCAGCUUUCCCGAGAGCACGCAUUGCGGGUCUGAUGCGGGCUAUCACUGGCAGUUCGGUGUCUGAGAACGCGGCCAUUGCCAUGGCUGGAAUAGCCAAGGUCUUUGUCGGAGAGGUGGUGGAAGAGGCCCUGGACGUGUGUGAGAUGUGGGGAGAGACGCCCCCGCUGCAGCCCAAGCAUUUAAGGGAGGCCGUUCGCAGGGAGAGGAAGCCCACCGUGGAUGCAGAGGAGGCUCAGAGGAUGACAACCCUGCUGUCUGCCAUGUCUGAGGAGCAGCUGUCCCGCUACGAAGUGUGUCGCCGGUCAGCUUUCCCGAGAGCACGCAUUGCGGGUCUGAUGCGGGCUAUCACUGGCAGUUCGGUGUCUGAGAACGCGGCCAUUGCCAUGGCUGGAAUAGCCAAGGUCUUUGUCGGAGAGGUGGUGGAAGAGGCCCUGGACGUGUGUGAGAUGUGGGGAGAGACGCCCCCGCUGCAGCCCAAGCAUUUAAGGGAGGCCGUUCGCAGGUUAAAGCCCAAGGGCCUCUUCCCCAACAGCAACUGCAAAAGAAUCAUGUUCUAG